UUACUAAGGCCCUGUUCCAUAACUCAAGUUAACCGAAGUUUAACUCGUCUACAGGAUGUUUAAACCAAAUGUAAACCAAUUAAACUAUGGUUAACUCGAAUUAUGGAACUUGUCCUUGAUAUCGACUCAUCUCUGGUAUCGAUAACUGAGUACAUUUACACCAGUUGCCUUAUGUCGGUUUUAUAAUUACCGAUGUUAUAACCAACUCAUCUCUGGUUAUAACCACUAGUGAUAAGCGCGCAAACGCUGUUUUUCUCCGGUUUUACCGAUAAUUCCGGCGUAAAAUGGUGUUUAUACGACGCUCAUCGCUAGUAGUCAUAAAACCGGUAUAAUGUAAAAUGUGUAAAUCUGUUAACUGAAAAGUUGUUUACAAAUGGCUGCUGGCGCGUAUGUAAUACGAACAUUUAUUUCCUCAAAAAGAUAGAAGAUAAAAAUGAACAGAGGGACCGUAUUGUCGCAUUGGGAAAUUCAAUCAUUCGUUGAAAGUUUGAAAGACAUCGAUCUAUCCGAUAUUGGCACAAAAUGUUGGUUUGAGUUGCACAAAAAAUUGAUACUUUUGAAUCAGCAAAGUAUUACCGAAAUUCAUACUAGUCAGGAGGAGUAUGUGAAAGAGUGGUUUAUCAAUUUACAUAAAGCACACCUUUUGGUUCAGAAUGUAAUUGAAAUUGAUAUCUGGAAGCAGAACAUCUUUCCACUUUUAAUUGAAAUUAAUGGGGAACCAUCUAAUACAUUCAUAUUGUACAGUGUGUUUUACCAUGAACAAAUAGCUGUUUCUCUGCUAGAAAAUAUUCUUUACCAUGUAGAAGGUGCUGAAGCAAUUCAAGAAUCUGUUCUGGAUCUCAUUGAUUAUGCAGUGCACAAUGUUAUUACAUUUCUGCAUUCUACCUUGGAAGACCACAAUGGGGAUAUAACAGAGUUCAAUACUCCCUGUUUAAUGGAAUUGACACAGAAAAGGUCUGAGCUUGAUUUUGACAUUUGUAUGAGAUGUGUGUCAAUUUUGCGUUACUUAUCGGAAUAUACAGACAAUCUGCCAUUGUGUGCACUUUCGAGAAUGCUGAUAGUACACGAUGUUCCAUCUCUAUUGAUCGAACUGGUGAAAAGGCAUCCCUGGAAAAGGCAGGAUGAAUCCGGAAAUACAUUGGUAUUCAAUGGAAGGUGGAAUACCGUGACACCCGAAGAGGGGAAGAAAAUGUGUAAAAUGGAAGGACAAGUUUGGAUUGGACUACGAGAGCUUCUUCUUAACCCUAAAAGUGCGACAUAUUAUGACAUCAAUGAGUACAGGUUUUCACGGUUGUUAGAAUUGCAGAAAUAUUUGCACGAAGAAACCUUGGACCAAAUUGCACCGCUGCUAGAAUUUCGUCAAUGGCUCGCUCGGUUAAGUGUAUCAAAUGUGUCGUCAAAUGUACAGAAGCCAGUGCUUGUUGAACAACUACCACAAAUAAGGUCAUCGAUUUUGAAGACAUAUAAAAAACAAUGGAGGAGAUUAGCUACACAUCAAUCGAAGUUGCUAUACAUCAACAAUGCCGAAGAAGUUAGAAACAUUGCUAAAAUUUUGAAUAAUGCUUAUGACUUUGAUGUAAUGAUUCCUCCAGAGGAAAGAAAAUGUUUUCAAUGUAAAAAUAUUGCAAGAAAACGAUGCUCCCAAUGCAAAGAAGCAUGGUAUUGUACAAGAAACUGCCAAGUGAAGGAUUGGAAUAGCCAUAAAGAAACUUGUGCUCGUAUAACAAUGUCCAAGAAAGAAGCUUACUAAGAAAACAAGACAAAUAAUGUUAUACUACUACUUUAGAUGUUCAUGUAAAGAAAGUUUUUAGCAUAAUUUGUUAUAUAUCGUAUUUGUCUGUUGAUCCGUGCGUGAGCUAUCAAAUAAAAUGAUUAAGUUAAAAUUA